AUGGGUGUAAGCGCGAAUUUGUUUGUAAAACAAAGAGGAUCGACAACUGCUUUGAAGCAGCCAAAGGAAAUAGGAUUCUAUUCAAGGACUAAAGAUGAAGAAUAUUUAGUGAGUGAUGAUACAAACUUAAAUUACUACUACCUACCGGAUGCUGAACUGGACAGAAAGCUGGAUCUUUCAGCUGGAUUUCAGAAAUUUAAGGACUACUACAGAGAUUUCGAAGACAGAUGUUCCCUACGUGGGCUAUUAGAGACUAUAGAAAGUACUGAAAGGCAUAAGGGAAAAAAACUCAAUGUUGAUAUCAUCACCUUUAGGGGAAUUGCGAGAAAACUAAUAUCUUCUGCGUUUGAUUCUCCAGCUUUCAACGCAGUGAAUCUCCGUAUAGUUUCAUUCAAUGGUCAACUUUUUAUCAAGGAGGUGCCUGAGGCUGUCGAUGUAGCCAAACCAGCUCCUGCAGCUGGGGCGGUACCUAACAAUAAUCAAGAAUUAAGUGGAUUUACCGGAUACAAAUUUGAGACGCUGGCUACACUUUCCAAUCCCUUGCAGUAUACACCUCGUGAAGUCAUAGAAAAAAGGACUAAACGGAUUGUGUCACAUGGGGAUGAAUACAUUAGUGUUGUGAGAACCGGUGUAGGUAAGUGCAAACUGAUUCUUGGUGCAGAGGUAGACUGUGUGUUCGACUUCAAGGAAAACGGUAAGGAUAAUUUAAAACAUUAUGCUGAACUGAAGUGUACACAGCAAGUUAUGAACGUGUCAGACACCCAUAAGUUUGAGCGGAAACUGUUUCGAACUUGGCUACAGUGCUUUUUGGUCGGUAUUCCGAGGAUUAUAUACGGAUUCAAAGAUGACCAUUAUGUAUUAAAGACUGUGGAAGAGUUCUCAACAGAGGAAGUACCUGUUUUGUUGAAGAACAACAACCCGCAAGUAGGGAGCUCGUGUUUAGAAGCUAUCAAGUGGUAUGGACUCCUUACUGAAUGGCUUCUGAAAAUGAUUCCAAGAGAAGAGGAUCCGCAUGCUCGGAUAAGAGCAUUCAAGUUGGUUUUCGAAAAUAAUCACUUGAAAUUAUCUGAAAUCGAAGAAAACGAUGACGAGUAUUUAGGUUUGGUUGAUGGUGAAAGUAUAUUAACUAAUGGGUUCAAGGAAUGGAGAAAAUCGUUAAAGGAACAGUGA